CGGCUGGCAGGAGCCGCGCAGAGGCUGGCCGGAGCGCGUUGCAGCCGCUCGGCGUAGGGAGAGUCGGGUAGCAGCAUUCUCCGGGCGCCGCUUUCGCUUGGCGGCGGCAGCGGGGUCUUUUCGGCUCCUAUACCUUGUUGGCUAGAAGCUAGUGGUGCCAGGGGCGGGGUGGGCAGGGUAGCGCUGGGGAUCCGGGCGCCUUUGCCCAGAGGUGUGCUUGCGGGGUCCUUCGGGCCAGUCGGAGACUGCGGAGCGGCGUCGGCGCUGCCCGCCCGGGCAUCCUCUGGGUGAUGGAAGAAGAAACCGCUGCCUCUGCAGCCGUUGCGGGGUCGCGCUGCUCCCCAUCGCCGCUGCUGCCAGAGAGAUGGGAAGAUUCGCGGCGCUGAGGCCGAGAGCGAAAGAGGCAGAGCCGCUGUGCCGGGGACUGGGUCCCAUGUGAACCCCCUCCCCCUGCCGCCCCCAGCCGGCUUCGCCCCCCGGAGCGCCGUGCGCGGGCGAGGAAGGGAAGCUGCGGUCUCAAGAGAGUGGAGGAGACGCCGUUCGAGACAAGGCGCUCCGGGCACUCGGCGGAGCGGGGAGCAGGGCGUCGGGCCCGGUGAAAGUUUCCUUUCCCGAGCCGCGGGACGCCCGCUGCUCGGACACUGUUCAGGACUCAGGCUGCCUAGGGCCGGUGAGUCCCGCGGCCCUUUCUAAGGUUCGGGGACCCGCGGCAGGAGAGAGCGGACAAGAAAUCGAGGGACGAGUGGCAGCUGAACCAACCGCCGGGCCGCGUACCCGGGCCGCUCCGGGACGCGCCCUCGGCUCCAGGUCCUUCCCGGAGCCGCUGCCAUGGGAGAGCUAGCUCGGGACGCUGGGGACCAGCCGCCGCUGCCGCCGCGCCCGCCUAGGAGCAGCGGCCCCAGCUCCCGCGCCUGCAGCGGGUCCGCUGCGUCCCCCACCCGGGCUGCAGGGCCUCCGCCGCUCUGCCGGCCCGGGCAGUGCCUGUGAUGAGCCGCAGCCCGCCGCGAGCUCUACCCCCGGGCGCACUUCCCCGGCUUCUCCCAGCCGCGCCCGCCGCCGCGCCGCGCGCCCUGCUCCCGCCGUGGCCCCGGCGCCCGGGCCGCCGCUGGCCCGCGUCCCCGCUCGGAAUGAAGGUGUUCCGCAGGAAGGCGCUGGUGCUGUGCGCAGGCUAUGCGCUGCUGCUGGUGCUCACCAUGCUCAACCUCCUGGACUACAAGUGGCACAAGGAGCCGCUGCAGCAGUGCAGCCCCGACGGGCCUCUGGGCGCCGCGGCGGGAGCUGCGGGAGGAGGCUGGGGGCGUCCGGGGUCGCCACCCGCAGCGCCGCCCCGCGCGCACACCCGCUUGGACCUCCGCACGCCGUACCGCCCGCCCGCUGCUCCCGUCGCGGGGAGGGUGGCAGGGGCCGCGCCCCCUCCGGGCAAUGUCAGCCGGGGCGGCGCGGGCAAGAGACAGCUGGUGUACGUGUUCACCACGUGGCGCUCGGGCUCGUCUUUCUUCGGUGAGCUCUUCAACCAGAACCCCGAGGUGUUCUUUCUUUACGAGCCAGUGUGGCACGUGUGGCAAAAGCUGUACCCAGGGGACGCCGUUUCCCUGCAGGGGGCGGCGCGGGACAUGCUGAGCGCUCUCUAUCGCUGCGACCUGUCGGUAUUCCAGUUGUACAGCCCGGCAGGCAGCGGGGGGCGCAACCUCACCACGUUGGGCAUCUUCGGCGCGGCCACCAACAAGGUGGUAUGCUCCUCGCCGCUCUGUCCCGCCUACCGCAAGGAAGUCGUGGGGCUAGUGGACGACCGCGUGUGCAAGAAGUGCCCGCCUCAGCGCCUGGCCCGCUUCGAAGAGGAGUGCCGCAAGUACCGCACGCUGGUCAUCAAGGGUGUGCGGGUCUUCGACGUGGCUGUAUUGGCGCCGCUACUGCGCGACCCGGCCCUGGACCUCAAGAUCAUCCACCUGGUGCGUGAUCCCCGCGCCGUGGCCAGUUCUCGCAUCCGCUCACGCCACGGCCUCAUUCGCGAGAGCCUGCAGGUGGUGCGUAGCCGGGACCCGCGCGCCCACCGCAUGCCCUUCCUGGAGGCCGCUGGCCACAAACUGGGCGCUAAGAAGGAGGGUGUGGGUGGCCCAGCCGAUUACCACGCGCUUGGCGCCAUGGAGGUCAUCUGCAACAGCAUGGCCAAGACGCUGCAGACGGCCCUGCAGCCCCCGGACUGGCUGCAGGGCCACUACCUGGUGGUGCGGUACGAGGACCUGGUGGGAGACCCUGUCAAGACUCUGAGGAGGGUGUACGACUUUGUGGGGCUGCUGGUGAGUCCUGAGAUGGAACAGUUUGCUCUGAACAUGACUAGUGGCUCGGGCUCUUCCUCGAAGCCCUUCGUGGUGUCGGCCCGCAACGCCACGCAGGCUGCCAAUGCCUGGCGGACCGCCCUCACCUUCCAGCAGAUCCAACAGGUGGAGGAGUUUUGUUACCAGCCCAUGGCCGUGCUGGGCUAUGAGCGGGUCAGCAGCCCGGAGGAGGUCAAAGACCUCAGCAAGACUCUGCUCCGGAAGCCCCGGCUGUGAGAGGGCUUCUGGGGUGAUCUGACUCUUAGUGGAGACACCCACAGGAUUGUGGUAUGUUUAAACAAACACAGCCCAGACCCAAACUGAGGAAGCCCACAUAUUCUAUUAUAGAUAUAUAAUAUAAAUAACCACACAGGCAUUUGCUGUCCAUGUUUUGAGUCAUUGAAUUCCAAGGAACAGCCCCAACACACACCUCUUGGAAAAGGCAAGACUUGAAAGUUCUGACCAGCCACCUCCGCUCACCUCCCCUGGCCUUUUCUCCCUUCCACUAUCUCCCAUGUCUUACCCUCUCCCCCACCUGCUUUCUAUUUUGAAGUGGAAUGCUGAUGAUAUCAAGUUCCAGUAAUCCAAAUCUUGUUUACAAACUUUUCGUGCUAUCUGUGAACAUGUAAAACAGUAAUUUGGGUGUGGGGGGUGGGGUGGAGAAAGGGGAAGUGAUCCAGGAGCAAAGAGUCCCAUUGGGUAUGAUCAGCCACCUGGAGGCAUUCAUCUAAAGUAGACUUUUGUGUCAAAAGCAAAGGUUACAUGUGAGUAUUAAUAAAGGAGAUAGUAAAUAAUA